AUGACGGUGGUUACAAACCAGGUUGUCAAAGCUGCCAACAAGUUCAUGAACCGCGGCCGCGACGGCAAAGACAAGGUCCUCAGCAAGACCCGCGGGGACCUAGGACCACACGAAGUCAGAACGAUUCUGUACCAAGAGUAUCUCGAGUCCAUGGCAAUCACGUACCUGUUCAUACACCUUAUGGUGGCGUGCGCAGUGAGAGCAACUCUUCGAUGUUGCAGUGUCGAAAACACACCAGAUCUCGGGCGGGACACGAAAUCUACUAAGCUGAGACUUCCAGUCACGGUUGGCCAAAGAAUAGCUAGUAAAGAGGUGCGCGGUAUAUAG